AUGACAGGCCGCUCGCCCUCGUCCUCCGGCCUCCUCCCCAUGCCCGGCUCGCCGUCCUCGUCGUGGGCGCUCUACCGCGCCCGCCUGUCCGCCAUGUUCCGCCACGCCGACACGCAGGUCGUCGUGGCCUUUUGGCUCCUCGGCCUGAUCAACAACGUCCUCUACGUAAUCAUCCUCUCCGCCGCGCAGGACCUCGUCGGCUCCGCCGUGCCCAAGGGCGUCGUCCUCCUCGCCGACGUGCUGCCCUCCUUCUUCACGAAGCUCGUCGCGCCCUACUUCAUCCACCGCGUCCCCUACGCCGCGCGCGUCUGCGUCCUCAUCGCCCUCUCCGUCAGCGGCAUGCUCCUCGUCGCGCUCACCCCGCCCGACAAGUCCGUCGCCGUGAAGAUGGUCGGCGUCGGCAUCGCAAGCCUCUCCUCCGGCGGCGGCGAGCUCAGCUUCCUCGGGCUGACGCACUACUACGGCCCCAUGAGUCUCGCGGGCUGGGGCAGCGGGACGGGCGCCGCGGGGUUGGUGGGCGCGGGGCUGUAUGUCGCGCUCACGGACUGGUGGGGCUUUUCUGUGAGGAACAGUUUGUUGUUUUCGGCGAGUUUGCCGUCGGUGAUGUUUGUGAGCUUCUUCUUGGUGCUGCCCAAGGGCCCGUUGCGGGCGGGGAGGAAGGAGGAGGAGGAGUACACUGCCGUGCCGGGGGCGGACGACCUCGAGGAGGAGGACGUGGAGGAGAUGCCGCGGGAUGCGGCGUCGUCGGCGCUGCUGGCGCCCGGGCCGGGGCUGACGAGCACGGCGUACUCGGCCACCAAGCACCACGAUGCGUCGUUCGACGCGAACCUGGCGCGGGCGAAGCGGCUGUUCUUCCCGUACAUGCUGCCGCUGCUGCUGGUCUACGUCGCCGAGUACACGAUCAACCAGGGCGUGGCGCCGACGCUGCUGUUCCCGCUGGAGUCGUCGCCGUUCAAGGAGUUCCGCGAGUUCUACCCGAUGUACGGCUUCCUGUACCAGCUGGGCGUCUUCAUCUCGCGCUCGUCGACGCCGUUCUUGCGGAUUCACCGGCUGUACCUGCCCUCGUUCCUGCAGGUGGGCAACCUGGGGCUGCUGACGGCGCAGGCCAUGUUUGACUUUCUGCCUGGGGUGUGGGUUGUGUUUGUGAUUGUGUUCUGGGAGGGGUUGCUGGGCGGCGCGGUGUAUGUAAAUACGUUUGCGGAGAUUAUGGAGAAGGUGCCGGCGGAGGAUAGGGAGUUUAGCCUUGCGGCGACGAGUGGGGCGGGACUGGUGUCGGAAGAUUAA